AUGUCAGAAAUUUCUUCCAGAAGAUAUUUGUCCGUGACACCAAGAAGAUCAAGCUUGGUUAGUGACUUGUACAUUCAAAGUAUCAAGGAGUUCAAGCCUACUCCAUUAUCAGCCAAGGACUUGGCAGCUGCAGUUAAAUCCUUCCAAUUACCAGCCAAGCCAGUUGUUCCUGAAACCGAGGUUGCACCUGAAGCCAUCAGUGCUUAUGAAGCCUCUGAAGUGGAAACUGCUUCUGUUUCCCAAGCUGCUGCUUCUGAAGCCAAUGAGGACUGGUUUGUUUUUGAAGAAGCUGAAGAAAACCACCAUUAA